GCUCGGCGGCGGCGGCGGCGGCGCCGGGCCCGCGCGCUCUGCCCGGGGCCCCGCGGGAGCCUCCGCCGCGCUCUAUGCGCCUCUGCGGGCGCCGCGGGCCCGGGCCAUGGCGAUAGACCGGCGGCGCGAGGCUGCGGGCGGCGGGCCCGGGAGGCUGCCGCCCGCGGCCGAGGAGAACGGCGCCCUGCCGCCCGGGGACGCGGCGGCCUCGGCGCCCCUCGGGGGACGCGCGGGCCCCGGCGGCGGCGGUGACAUCCAGCCGCUGCCCGCGCCGCACGCCGCUGGCGGAGCGCACCCGAGCCUCCUGUUGUUGGACUACGACGGGUCGGUGCUGCCCUUCCUCGGGGGCCUGGGCGGCGGCUACCAGAAGACCCUCGUGCUGCUCACCUGGAUCCCCGCGCUGUUCAUAGGCUUCAGCCAGUUCUCGGACUCCUUCCUCCUGGACCAGCCCAACUUCUGGUGCCGCGGGGCCGGCAAGGGCGCCGAGUCGGCGGGGGUCACGGCCACGGGCCGGUGGGGCGGCGGCGACCUGGCCAACGGGACCAGCCCCCCGACCACCCCCUUCCCCACCUCCGCCUGGGGGACAGCCGGCCCCCUCGGCAACGGCAGCGGGGCGGACAGCGGCGAGACGCCGCCCCUCCCGUCCCCCCCGGACAAGGGAGACAACGCCUCCAACUGCGACUGCCACGCGUGGGACUACGGCAUCCGCACAGGCCUGGUGCAAAACGUGGUCAGCAAGUGGGAUCUUGUGUGUGAUAAUGCCUGGAAGGUCCAUGUCGCUAAGUUCUCCUUACUGGUUGGAUUAAUCUUUGGCUACCUGAUAACUGGAUGCAUUGCUGACUGGUUCGGCCGGCGGCCUGUGCUGCUCUUCUCCAUCAUCUUCAUCCUCAUCUUCGGACUGACCGUGGCGCUGUCCGUGAACGUGACCAUGUUCAGCACACUCAGGUUCUUCGAGGGGUUCUGCCUGGCGGGAGUGACCCUCACGCUGUAUGCGCUGCGAAUAGAGCUGUGCCCCCCGGGGAAGCGAUUCAUGAUCACGAUGGUGGCGAGCUUCGUGACCACGGCGGGGCAGUUCCUCAUGCCCGGGCUGGCCGCCCUGUGCCGCGACUGGCAGGUGCUACAGGCGCUCAUCAUCUGCCCCUUCCUGCUCAUGCUGCUCUACUGGUCGAUCUUCCCCGAGUCCCUUCGGUGGCUCAUGGCCACCCACCAGUUUGAGUCGGCAAAGAAGCUGAUCCUGCACUUCACGCAGAAGAACCGCAUGAGUCCCGAGAGUGACAUCAAAGGCGUGAUGCCCGAGCUGGAGAAGGAGCUGUCCCGGAGGCCCAGGAAGGUCUGCAUCGUGAAGGUGGUGGGGACCCGGAACCUGUGGAAGAACAUCGUGGUGCUGUGUGUGAACUCGCUGACCGGCUUCGGGAUCCACCACUGCUUCGCCCGCAGCAUGAUGGGCCACGAGGUGAAGGUGCCGCUGCUCGAGGACUUCUACGCCGACUACUACGCGGCGGCCGGCAUCGCGCUGGCGUCCUGCCUGGCCAUGUGCCUGGCGGUGCGCGUCCUGGGCCGCCGGGGCGGCCUGCUGCUGUUCAUGAUCCUCACCGCCCUGGCCUCGCUCCUGCAGCUCGGGCUGCUCAACCUGAUCGGGAAAUACAGCCAGCAUCCAGACUCAGAGUUGCAGCUGAAGUUGGCCGUAGGAAUGAGCGACAGCGUCAAGGACAAGUUCUCCAUCACCUUCUCCAUCGUGGGCAUGUUCGCCUCCCACGCAGUGGGGAGCCUCAGCGUGUUCUUCUGUGCAGAGAUCACGCCCACGGUCAUCAGGUGCGGCGGGCUGGGGCUGGUGCUGGCCAGCGCGGGCUUCGGCAUGCUGACGGCGCCCAUCAUCGAGCUGCACAACCAGAAGGGCUACUUCCUGCACCACGUCAUCUUCGCCUGCUGUACGCUCAUCUGCAUCAUCUGCCUCCUGCUGCUGCCCGAGAGCCGGGGCCAGAGCCUGCCCGAGAGCAUCCCCGACGGCGAGCACUACACGCGCCAGCCGCUCCUGCCGCCCCGGCGCGGCGAGCAGCCCCUGCUGCCCACCCACGCGGAGCUCAAGGACUACUCGGGGCUGCACGACGCGGCCGCCGCGGGCGACGGGCUGCCCGACGGGGCCACGGCCAACGGUGGGCGGCCCAUGUAGCCGGGCGCGGCUGCGGGAGACCCCACUCCGCGGAGGCUGGGGACCCCAGGUGGGGCGGGGACCCUGCAAAGCUCUCGAGGAGCGCACGCGUCUGAGGAAGCGGACCUAGCAGACGACCCUUCGGAGACUUUCUUUUCUGCCAUGAAAUGUUUGUAUUUAUUUUGGUCAUUUUUACAAGAAGCACUUUAUUCCCUUCCCUUCACUGAUCUCAAAACCGAGCCCCCUCCCCGGGAAGGACACGCCGCCGCUGGACCUGACCGUGCAGCCCGGCUCCCUGGGGUCCCCCGCCCCCGAGCAUUCCCAGGGCUGCGCUCUCCUCAGACUGAGAUGUGAAUGGUUAGGGUUUUGCUGGAGUCUCUGUGAUGGUUUGUACAGGUCUUUUCUGUAAGGGAAGAGCUUCCGCUCUGUGUUAGGGAAAAGCAGCUCACAAUAUCAUUAAAACCAGCUUCGUCUCUC